CGCGGGCGGAGCAGCCGGAGCGUGCCCGGGGCCGGGAUCCUCCUCCCGCUCCGACGUCAGGCGGCGGGAGCGGGAGGCAGCGCCCAGCGCCGCCGUUGCCAGAGACUCGGCGGCCGCCGGACGGGGCGGGCGUCGGGGCGGUGACUGGUUCCCGGCGCGGUGACUCCCGGCGCGGCCCGGCUCCCGGCAGGGGGGUGGAGAGGAGGGAACUAUGGCCGACGUGUUCCCGGGCUCGGAGCCCGGCGCGGCCCCGGACGCUGCGCGACGCUUCGCUCGCAAAGGAGCCCUGAGGCAGAAGAACGUGCACGAGGUGAAGGAGCACAAAUUCAUCGCGCGCUUCUUCAAGCAACCCACCUUCUGCAGCCACUGCACCGACUUCAUCUGGGGAUUUGGGAAACAAGGAUUUCAAUGCCAAGUUUGCUGUUUUGUGGUUCACAAGAGAUGCCAUGAGUUUGUCACCUUCUCUUGUCCUGGGGCUGACAAGGGACCAGACACUGAUGAUCCCAGAAGUAAACACAAAUUUAAGAUCCACACGUAUGGGAGCCCGACCUUCUGUGACCACUGUGGGUCCCUGCUUUAUGGGCUUCUGCACCAAGGGAUGAAAUGUGACACCUGUGAUAUGAACGUUCAUAAGCAAUGUGUAAUAAAUGUCCCGAGCCUCUGUGGCAUGGACCACACAGAGAAAAGAGGAAGGAUUUAUCUGAAAGCUGAAGUCACUGGAGACAAACUGGAAGUAACAGUGCGAGAAGCAAAGAACCUAAUUCCCAUGGAUCCAAAUGGACUUUCAGAUCCUUAUGUUAAACUGAAGCUCAUCCCUGAUCCCAAGAAUGAAAGUAAACAAAAAACAAAAACCAUCCGUUCUACUCUGAAUCCAGACUGGAACGAGUCGUUCACCUUUAAAUUAAAGCCCACGGACAAAGAUCGACGAUUAUCUGUGGAGGUCUGGGACUGGGAUAGAACUACCAGAAAUGAUUUCAUGGGAUCUCUUUCCUUUGGGGUGUCAGAGCUUAUGAAAAUGCCAGCCAGUGGAUGGUACAAGCUGCUGAAUCAAGAAGAAGGUGAAUAUUAUAAUGUUCCAAUUCCAGAUGCUGAUGAAGAUGGAAACGCAGAGCUGCGGCAGAAGUUUGAGGGUAGAAGAACUGGCCGAGAUAAGAAAGCCAAACUUGGGCCAGCUGGUAACAAAGUCAUUACUCCAAAAGAAGACAAGAACACAAGUGUGCCAUCCAACAAUCUGGACAGGGUGAAGCUGACAGAUUUCAACUUUCUCAUGGUUCUUGGAAAGGGAAGCUUUGGGAAGGUGAUGCUGGCAGACAGGAAGGGGACAGAGGAGCUCUAUGCAGUCAAAAUACUGAAGAAGGACGUGGUGAUCCAGGAUGAUGAUGUUGAAUGUACCAUGGUGGAAAAACGAGUCCUGGCGUUGCAAGAUAAACCACCAUUCCUGACACAGCUUCACUCUUGUUUCCAAACAGUUGACCGUCUGUAUUUUGUUAUGGAAUAUGUGAAUGGGGGUGAUCUCAUGUAUCACAUUCAGCAAGUAGGAAAAUUUAAGGAGCCACAAGCAGUGUUCUAUGCAGCUGAGAUCUCAAUUGGGUUAUUCUUUCUCCAUAACAGAGGGAUCAUUUAUAGAGAUCUGAAAUUAGAUAAUGUGAUGUUGGAUUCAGAAGGACACAUUAAAAUUGCUGAUUUUGGAAUGUGCAAAGAACAUAUGUUAGAUGGAGUAACAACCAGGACCUUCUGUGGCACUCCAGACUACAUUGCACCAGAGAUUAUUGCUUACCAGCCCUAUGGGAAGUCUGUGGAUUGGUGGGCAUAUGGAGUGCUGCUCUAUGAGAUGUUAGCUGGCCAGCCUCCAUUUGAUGGAGAAGAUGAAGAUGAACUUUUCCAGUCCAUAAUGGAGCAUAAUGUUUCCUAUCCAAAAUCACUGUCCAAAGAAGCUGUCUCCAUCUGCAAGGGGCUAAUGACUAAACAUCCCGCAAAACGCCUUGGCUGUGGCCUUGAAGGUGAAAGAGACAUCAGGGAACAUGCUUUCUUCAGGAGAAUUGACUGGGAAAAACUGGAAAACAGAGAGAUUCAGCCACCUUUCAAGCCUAAAGUGUGUGGCAAAGGUGCUGAAAACUUUGAUAAAUUCUUUACACGAGGACAGCCAGUGCUAACACCUCCGGAUCAGCUGGUCAUUGCUAACAUAGACCAAACAGAUUUUGAAGGGUUCUCUUAUGUCAACCCCCAGUUCAUCCACCCCCUACCAGAGAAUGUAGCGUGAAAUGGCAGAACAGGAACACAUCCCACGGUGGAGAACAGUCCUUAACCCUACAAUUUUUAGGCUUUUGCCUUGCCGAUUCCAUUUGGGCCUGGAAAUUGUAGGGUUAGCAGGUGUAAGAUGGGGGGAAAGGCCACUCAUCCAGGAUUUUGGCUUUACAACAGUGAUGUUGUCUUAAUGGGAGAGAAAUUACUGUACGGUGCCCACUUGUUCUUCUAGAAGUCACCACUGGCUGGCCGAAACUUACCCGUUUUAUGGUACGUUAUAUAUUUUUGUAACUUCCCACUGUCCUUCUGCUCCCUUUUCCACUCUGCUGGGUUAGAAAUAAUCUAACAUGUGGUCUGAAAUAAAAACCCCACCUUGGAUACUGAGUCCUUCAGUGCGGAUGCUGGGAGGUGGGGCCGCUCCUCCCGCUCGACGCGGGGACACGAGCAGCACGAGCGACUGAAAGGGCAGCACUGGGGAGGAGAGGCAUUGCCAAAAAGUGGUUGAAAGCAAUUGUUUUGAAAACAUGACAGAAACAAGUUGGGAAUGGGUGGGAGGGGGGGAGGAUAAAAUCAAACUAGACCCUGAGGCUCCAUGAACCAAUCCCGUAAGCAGCGCCAAGUUUAAACCCAGGUCAGCGGUGGCCAGAUCUCCAGGAUCUUUGCUAAGUAGCAUGUGGUAAACUCAAGGGUGAAAUUUUGUCUGUAAUAAUAAUAGUAAUAAUUUUAAUAGUAAUUUUUUGUGAAUUUUAAUCUCCAUGAGAUUAUUCUGUGAUCCAGGGUGCCAUUGUUUGUUCAGUUCAUUUAAUUUACACCGCUCAAGUUUACUGGUAAACCGGUUCUAACACCAAUAUUUUACUCUGAAAUUUGUUAACCUGGAAUGUAAAACAAAAGUGUAUUCCCUUAAAGCUUAUUUCCACGUGUUUAUUUUUAGUCUGCAGUGUAGGGCAGUAAAUCAAAGAAAGCAUUGUUAUACAAAAUUGACCAAAAAUGCAGCCCCAAGUGACUUCCUGAUUUCUCCAGAAUAACUCAUGAAAACCGAGUGAGAUUUAGUCUUAAUCAAUUUUAAUUCCAAAAACUUUGGGCUGUAGAAUCAUCAAGCCUGAAAGAAGCAGCACCUAAAACUUGUUUUAUUGGUAGAAUGGAAUUUAAUACAUUUUACAUAUGCUUCAUGCAAUGAAUUUUGCAUGUUUUCUAAUAACUCUUAAUAAUAAGGGUUAAUAAUAAAGCGGAUCUAUAUUAUUGACAUAAUCGUAUCAAGCAUGAAGAGUAUUAUAACAAUUUUAUAAAACAAAUUGUGCUCUAUUUGUGAAAGUUCAUGUUCUGAAUGACAUCAUUUAGAUUCAGCUUCAUGUUUUAUGGCUAUUGUUUUGGUUUUUACUUUAGGUUUUGGAUAUUGUUCACAGCUUAGGGUAUAGUCUCUUUUUUAAAAAGGAGAUCUACUUUUAAACAAUAGUUGCUACCUGCAGGUUUUAUAUGAGCUUCUAUUAGGCUUUCAUUUCAUGUCUGCUUAUUACUUACAGAGAAGGAAAUAGACUUUAUUUGAAAUGAUGAACCCUGUAAUUAAUGCAAUCUUCUCCUCUUCUAUCACUUAGAGAAAAAAAAAUAAUAAAUUGUUAUUUCCUCUUACAACUUAACCAGAAAAUAUUAAUUCAAAUAUCAGUUAAACAAAAUUUGUGCAUAUUUUGGUUUUGUUACAGCAUGUAAAAGAGUAGUCAGUGCAUUUUCCUUUUUUGUUUCCCUUCUGCCUUGUUGCUGUUAGCAGCCAUAGGCACUUUUUUUGUCUGUCAGAUGUGCAUGACAAUGCCAGAAGCAUGAUGUCUCUGUUGCUGCAUGCAGCCUGAUUACAAUUUUUCCAGCAUGUAAACAUUCAAAAAGUAAGAUAUUUGCCAUAAAAGACUUAAAUUUAUACUAGAAUGUGUAACUGGGGGGGGGUCCCAGGAGGGGAAUCUACUUUCUAAUCAUCUUUUAUGACAAUAAAACAUGGAACCUGUGCCAAGGAAUCUGUUAGGAAGGUCCAGCCCUGCAAAUUGGUAGCCAAGGGGAUGGGUUUGGCUCACAGGGGUGACCCACGGGGAGUGGGGUAGUUUUUGGUGGUUGGAUGUGAAAGGCAUCUUUGUGGUGCCUCAGCACACAGGGUGCCCUCAGGCCCCCUCUUUUUGGUUCCUGGGAUGUGAUUUGUGACACUCCAGAGGUUUGGCUUUGCCUUGUCCAAGUCCUAUGGCUGGCCCAGCUCUGGGAGAUGAGCAUCCCCCAGGGAAGGGUGGGCAGGCCUUAAUGAGCCCCCUAGAACGGGCGAGCACGUGGCUAAUGAGGGCACUGAGCAGCUCCCAGGAACUCAGCCUCUUGCCUGAAUAAACAGGCAAUUUUAAAGACAUUUUAGGAGUAAAACUUUUACACUAUUCUGUGUCAAAUAUGUUAUCAGCCAGUUCUGGGAGUUCAUUUUCUUGUUUGUAUAGUUAUGUAUUUUUAAAAUGAUGGUAUUCACCAUGAAGCAUGUGGAUUGUGCAGCAUUCAUGACUAUUUAUGUGUUUCUGAAUAUUACUAGCCUGCCAUAAGUUUAGGGAAAUCUAAGUACUGUGCUCUAGAAGAAGAUAGAUUCAACAAUUGUUGAGGGUCAGAUUUUGAAUAAGUAAGGGGCUCUCAGGUAAGUCAAUCUGCUGAGUGGCAGCAUUACAAGUGUUUUAGGAAUGUGGAGUAAAAAAGAGCCUUUUAAAAAAGGAAAAGGCAAGGAGAAAUACCAACACACAGGUUUGUGUGGUAAGAAAAUUGGUUCCAGGGCAGGGUUAACCCAAGCCAGAACCAGGCAGGAGAUCCCAUGUGUAGAUGUUCCCAGAUGGCUCUGGUUUUCCUGGUGAAUUGUGGAGGGAAGUCCCAUUGCAGGCUGUUGUUGCUGGCACAGCCAUGAGGGAUGUCCCCAGAACAGGGCAUUAAAGAGCUGGUCCAGCAUCUGGGCAGGGCUGCUCAUUUCCUGGCUGCUUUUCAUAACCAGUGUCUAAGACACUUGCAUUUGCUCCCCAGGUUUUCUGAUGUAGAAGCAGAAAUUCCUCUUUCACAUUGUUACCUCAAGUCCCUGGACUUCUGACAGCUCAUGUCAGCUGCUGCAGGGUCUGUAAUGCUUGCAGAAAGGGACUGUGAACUGCUGGGUCCUGCAGGAAUGAGACAGGGUUGUACAAAGCAGGGACUGAAUAUUUGUGUUACUCCUCACCACACUCCCAUGUGAACCCUCACGCUUGGAUCAGCCCUUUACUGGUAUUCCAGGUGGGUGGUUUAUCAUCCAGAAAUUUGUAAUGGCCAGUAAAACCUUAAGUAGCCAGCAAACAUGUUUGUUUCUCUCUUUUUAUUUUUUUUUUUCCUAAUACAGAUGUUAUUUCUAUAAUAGUUUUCACAAGAUCUGGCUUUCUAGAGAACAUGGAUCAACAGGAGGAGAGGCAUUGGAACUGCUUUUCUUCCAUUUGUGUUCAAUAGCAAACCCACACCUUGUGACAAAGGUUUGUAGAAGUAAAAUUGAAAAGAAUAAUGCACUGAAGCUGGGGGGGAAGUCUUAGGAGCUGUGUUUCCAUUCCAUGUGCACCUGAGUCCUGAGGGGCUCUGGAGUGGCCCCGUUCCUGCAGGGGAAGGCACAGGUCUGCCACAUAAAGCUUCCAAGUUGUUUUCAGGGAUUAAAUGGGACUUCACUGGCUCCAGGCAGAUUUCUUCAUUAUUUGGGCAUCUGGGUGUUUUUUUCCACCUUCAAGUCACUUCAGCAGGAUGGUGGGUUUCCAGGACAGCCACUUCCCCCGCUGGCCAGUCCCAGUGCUCCUAGCAAGGAUUGCUCAUACUUGAGAAGGAGAGAGCACAUUUCCAUCAUAAAAUUCUCCCCCUAAAUGUAAUUUAGAGGAGAAAUGCUAUUUAGCUUUAUGUUCCUUCAUUCUUUCCAGAAAUACAAUUGAAUUUCCUUUUACAAACUGAAGAAAGUUCUUCUGGAAAUCAGCUGUUAGUUUAAAAGCAACUCAUCAUAUCUGAAUGCUGUUGGCCUUUGGAAUCCGUCCUGGUUUUUGGGGUGGAUUCAAUUGAAUAAUGCUGGGCUCCUGUAAAAUUAAUAAGGUCAAGGUAAAGCAAGAUGACAUGUCCAAGGGCUGGGACUGAGUGGUACCACUUGUAUAGUCUGUUUUCUGAGCCAGUGCAUCCAGAUGCAAUCCCAGAUCAAUGCCAUGGAAGAGGCAGGCAGCAGAGGGGGGAGAUCCUCCUUGUUUAGCAAAGCAGAUCAUUGGAAACAAUAAUCAUUACCAUCCAAUUUAGAAGCUUUUGCGUGAGUACCAAGCAUAUUUACAGCACUGGGUUUACAGUGGGCUUUCUGACCUGCCACGAGACUUCUGGCAACAUUUAUUGUGAUUUUCAGGUCUUUUAGUCAUUACCAUGAGUUACCGUAUUGUAGGUUUGUCCCUUGGCUCACCUGAGAGCUGGCUCUGGGUGCUGUGUUCUCCCUGUGCUGUCAGUAGGUACUGAGACAGGUACUGAGCUGCCAUGUAGCACAAAAAUAGACAAGCUAAAGCACUUUUUUUCCUUGGCUCCACACUCUUAGAUGGGAUCUGAAAUAGUUCAGUUGAAGAAUUAAAUAAGAAUUGACUCCAUAAACACCUAUGAGCUCAUACCAACCAGUUACUGUGCCAGUAAUGACUGGUAAUUAGAUAGCCUUAUAAUUAAUAACCAUCAUGCACUACAGCCCUCCUGUUCUAGGAAAACCUUGAGAGAGAGAGGGCAAGUUAUUAACCUCUCUGCCUCAGUUACCUCAUCUGUAAAAUGAGGAUAAUAAUACUUACUUACCUCACAGGGAGGUGUGAGGCUUUCUUAGUUCAUGUUUCUAAUACACUUUUAACCUGAGAAGAGUUGUGUAAGUAUUAUUAUAAUUUUUAAUAUUAAAUCAGCUUAUUCAAUUCACAUGGUAUUACUGGAUGUACCAUGUUAUUUCUACUUUUUUAUAGAACUUUAGUAAUUCUGCUGAAACCAUUUAAAGACAAAAUCAGAUUGGGUACAUUUCUUUUAGAAUCUGGAGUCCAGCUUUUGUGACCUGGAGUCAGGGGGCAGUGGGGAGCAAUGCUUGCUGAUUGCCUAGGUCAGCUGCACUUACCUCUUUUUACUGAGAUUUCUAUGUGCAAUUUAAAAAUUCCAUGUAAGUGGAAGUCUUAGCAGAACUGGUUAUUGUGGGGUGGGAUUCCCUAUGGGUAAAUAAAGACAAGUACAGCUGUUUUCUAGUAAUGUUUAUACUGACUUCUAUUGAAAGAGAAGUGUUGUUCUGUAUCCAGCUGGUCCGUCCGUGACAGGUUUAUUCCUCUGAUAUUUUACUGUAUUUCUGUGUCCUGUGUCUUUGUGCUUUUCCUUGUGUGUGAUGCCAUAGUUCAAAUGUAAAAGAAAACUGCCCUAGAAGCUCUGAGGGCUCUUCCAUUGAUUCCCUUGCCAAAAAAAAAAAAAAAAAGAAAAAAGAAAAAAAAAGUAUUAAAAAUCAGCAGCUGUUAAUAAUUUAUGUUAUAUUCAAAUUAAUAACUCGAAACAGUGAGAUGCAGGAAGGGCAGUGCCAGCACUGAGAGCUGGCCCCAGCCUGCUUCCAGUACAACCCAUUCCUCACUACAGGAUCCACUGGGAAGUCCACAGCUUUGUCCACAGUUAUUUGUUUUAAGUUGAUGGCAGGAACAUUUUUGAGAGAAAGCAAAAUUCUGUUUCUGAUCCUUCUAAACAUGCUCCUACAAACUCUUUGAUUUGGUACAGUUGGAUUUCUCUGCCUUCUGCUUGAACCGAGAGGCUGUUCUGCCCCUGGUGGAGCUUCUUGGCUGCAGCACCCAGGGGUUGGCAGGACGGAGCCUCCCAGCCCCACAACAACCACGGGGCUGUGCUGGUGCCCGGGGCUUGCCAGGGAUCUGCUCCACAUCCUGGAGAAGCUGGCACAGCUUGUGCACUGGGGUCCCUGCUGGUUUGGGGCAGAACAAAAAUAUUCCUGCAGUGGUAACACAGGUUUCAUCUGCAGCUUGUUGCCCCACAAAACCUUUCAUUUAUUCUCUUAUGGACUAGUAAAAUGAAUGUAAGAGAAAAAACAUCAAUAAAAUGGAGCUCAUUACCUCUUUUAAAACUCCAUUUCCCAACAUAUGUGACUUUACACAACAACACAGAGCACACCUGAAACUUUUGAAAUCAUUGCAUUUUGCCUUCAUGGUAUCUUUUUUUAAAGAAGGAGCAAUCCUGCCUCGAACUCGUUCAGAUUUUUAAUAUUAUUUUAAGACCUGAAUCGUGUAUUUAUAUAGAGGAGAACAUUAUUUAUUUUCUUAUCAUUUAUCUGCAAAAUGCUACCAGAAAAUUUGGAGAGGCCAUUCCUUUUUCCAAAAAACCCAAAUCAUUGGAAGCAUAGUGGGCAAGACUGAUGUACAAAUUACAGCAUCUUUUUUUUUCCUUAAUUCUCAAUAUCUUCGAUCUUUGUUUGCAUGAAAUGCUUUUGUUAAAUAAUACUUGUAGUUUCAAAGCAAGUGUGUAUGAAUAAAAAUACUGAUCAUUA